GCUAGUCACAUAUAAAAGCAGCUGCUGCAAGAAGUCAUCCUUGUCUCCUUGAAGGACUGACAAUUAGACGGCUCUUUACUGACUAGGACAGUUCUCUCCACUCUAGAGCUGAAAUCAAGAUGCUUCUGACAGAAAAAUCUUUGGUGCUUUUAAGUUUUCUGGGGCUCAUUCUGAUUUCUUGUAUAGCAACAUGUCAAGAAACAGAAAGUAAAAGGGCGGUGACAGAACAUCAGUUCAUGCAUGACAAAGGGAGAACCAUUCAAGGACUGAAGCGCCUGAUGUGGCUACACAGUGCGAUGGGUGGACUACACACUGCCAGUGGCAGAGAUCUUUCCCAUACCCUGAGCGAGUGGGAUCUACAGAACAUCAGAGGUAUGCUGAAACAGCACAGUGAUGCAAACUGGGAAGAAAGCCUUGACUUGCUGAAGCAGAAGCUAGUUCAACUCAUCAUGGAAGAGCAGGCUACACCAUUACUAAAGCAGAGUGAUCUGCUGCUAUUCCUGAAAAAUGCAAGCAAUCGAUGGAACCAGAGAGACAUCACUGACAGCAUUCAGGAUAAAGAGAAGGAAAACCAAAACUUCAUCAGCACAGAGGCAAAUUAAGUGUUCGUACCAGAAUGAAUCUCAUUUUAGUUCAUCAAACUGCUAUCAUCUUUAUAAGGCCAUAGCUAUUCUGAAAUCAAAACAGGACCCCAACAGAAAAAACUUAGUAAUGGAAAUAUAACCAGAGUUUCAGAUGAGAUGCAGUACCACAGUUAUCAGACCUAAAAUUAAGAUUGAUCUGCUGGACUAAAAUAUGUGCCUGUUUUCAAAUGCUAGUCUUAAAUAACAAUUUCCAUGUGUGGAUGGCAAGCUACAGUCAUUGACUGAUUGGACUAGCCGUUAGUGUUCAAAUGGUAGUAUAGGUUUUGUGCUGGCAUACAUAAAAGAUAUUACUCUGACUAGGCACUGAUUUGAAGUACGGCAAAGAAAAAUGACUACAAAAUCCAUACCUCAUGUUGUUUUUGUGAAUAAUGCUGCCAAACUCUACAGCAUUACAAAUAAAAAUAAAGCAUGUUAUCUUUUGUUAA